UCUCGCAGGAUUUGAUGAGCAGAGUUACAAAUUUGCGAAUAAUUUGAUUUUCUUUGUUAAAAUUUGAACGGAGUAGUGAAAAGUGGUGCAUUUGUCGUCGAUAUAUCUAAUGAAAAAUUAACUCAAAACCAUGCAUUUGAGGGUAUUAGGCUAGGAUACUCUAUCGUAGAUUUUCCCUCCAGCGACGUCGUGAAUGACGUGGAAGAUCUUUUGAGACCAUUCUGUUUCGUUUGUGGAACCGGAAUCUAUCCUACUUUUAUCCUUAAUACAAAACGGUCCCUGACUGUAGUUCAAAAUGUUUGAAAUAAGCGACACCCAAAAAAUCGGCGUCGGCUUGGCCGGAUUCGGAGUGGCCUUCCUGUUUCUUGGAGUUCUGCUACUGUUCGACAAGGGUCUGCUGGCAAUUGGCAAUAUUCUCUUCAUUUGCGGUUUGGCCUGUGUGAUCGGGUUGGAGCGAACGUUCCGGUUCUUUUUCCAGAAGCACAAGGUCAAGGCGUCGAUUGCAUUCUUCGGCGGAAUCUUGAUCGUACUGCUGGGCUUUCCGCUGAUCGGAAUGCUCAUCGAAACGUACGGUUUCAUCCUGCUGUUUAGUGGAUUCUUCCCGGUGGCCAUUAACUUCCUGCGGAGGGUACCGAUCCUGGGUAACUUCCUCAACAUGCCCGGUGUGAGCAAGGUCGUCGACAAACUGGCGGGCGACUCGAACCGGACAACGGACACACAUUUCGAGUAAAGUGGAUAUAUCCUGCAAAAGUUCAACGCAUACCAGAGCAUUUGUGUUGGUAAGGUAUCGUUUUAUUUAGAAUAAAUUAAGUUCGUACGAUUAUAUGUCGGCAAUAUUUGUUUGAUUUUUAUACUAAAACUAUCCGAAAGGCAACAUAUUGCUUACAACUAGAUACUGAAAUUACUUUUAAAAUCGUUUGAUGCUCGUCAGUCGGUCGUCGUCAGCCUUAUUCUAGUUGGGUGUUUCGGUUUGGGAUUUGGGAACGGUUUGGUAAAUAAUUGAUUGCUACAAGUGGAUAAGGUUUUUUUUUUCUCAUUUGUUUCGUUAUCUCAGGUAUUUUAAUAUACACUUUUCUGUUUGUUUUUUUCGCUUAAGUUAAAACUUUGUACAUUAGUUCUGCUUUAGGUUUCGCUGCAUCACUUGGAUCUUUGGUUUAUUUUGUGUGUACAAAACGUUCGAACACAACACUUCGCACUUUAAGGAACAUUUGAAAUCGUUUUAUAGGUUAGAGAGAGAGACAGAGUAGGGAAACGGAGUCAGGGAUAGAGGGGAAGUAUGGGAACGGCGCUU